ACCUGCUCCUGUAGUGGUCUCCAUAUGACAAAUGGCACCCUAUUCCCUAUUUAGUACACUACGUUUGAUCAGAUCCUUAUAGGCCCUGAUCAAAAGUAGUUCACUACAUAGGGAAUAGGGUGCUAUCUGGGAUGCAAGCAUGGUGUAGAUUUUCCACAGGAAGUUGACUGUCCAGACAGACUCACACACCAUAUUCCGAUCUAUUCCUGAUUAGUGUAAAAUACAUGCAUAUUCUACACAGUGAUGAUGAGGAUGAUUUCCUUAUUUUGCCAUUUGAGUUAAUCAACCUCAGAGGAGAAGUAGAGUGUUUGUUUCUCAAUCCCACGCUUGACAGGAACCUCCGAUGUUUAUGCUGGGCAGGAGCAAAAAUGGGCUCCCGAUUGAAAGACUCUGGUCUACUUUAGAGGUCUAGCACUGUAUUUCUGUUCAGGUGUACCACUGGUCUACUCUAGGACAUUGAUUAUAUUAAGAGUGAAUAUCUAUUCAUGCGUACCACAGUCACCACCAUGCUAUGGAGGUCCUGGUUCAGUCUCUGCUGGAUCUAGACGUGAGGGACAGCCAGGGGCGCACCCCUCUGGACCUGGCUGCCUUAAAAAGCCUUGUGGAGUGUGUUGACGUCCUCAUCAACCAGGAAGCCUCCAUCCUGGUUAAAGACUUCACUCUGAAGAGGACCCCCAUCCACGCUGCAGCAACCAACGGACAUUCGGAGUGUUUGCGUUUGCUGAUUGGAAAUGCUGACAUCCAGAGUACAGUGGACAUUCAAGACGGAAUAGUCACUUGGGUUUUGGAUACAAUUCCUGAAAUAAAGAGAUUUUGAAACUGGGGCUGCAUCCAAAAUGGCAACCUGUACCCUACUUGGUACAGUACUUUAAACCAAAGUCCUAUGGGCUCAGGUCAAGAGUAGUGUACCAUAUAGGGAAUAGGUUGCCAUUUGGGACUCAGCCUGGUUACUACCAGUUUGUAAUAUGACCUGUUGUCUUGUGUAUCAGAACCCCUCUGAUGCUGUCGGUGCUGAGCGGACACAGACUGUGUGUACUCCCUGUUCAACAAGGGAGCAAGCGUAGAAGCCAAAGACAAAUGGCACAGAACAGCUCUACACAGAAGGGUUGUGAGGAGAGUUGGCUGUACGCGCUCACACACAGAAAGAGAGGGGGAGGCUUGUUCUGAUCUAGGGAUGGGGCCAUUGAAAUACUAGGGAUGGCUUUGGUGUGGGAUCUAGCAUGGAAUAUAAAUUAUGCCCAAAUAUACCUAUUAUGAUUCCUUAUUAUUUAAUUGAUUAUAAAUUAUUCAAAUCCAUUCUUGUCUCCCCUCCCUUCCCUUCC